AUGUCCCUUCUUAUUGUUUUAUACGUUUCUUCGAUUUUUCUUACAAUAGCUGAUCAUUGUGACACUUACAAUGGACCAAUAGCCGGAAAUAAAAAUAUUUCAGAGUGCAUUAAUGGUGGUAAGACUAAAUCUUCAGGACUUGACGUAACGCCGUAUGAUUUUAUAAAAAAUCAAGGAUACCCAGCUGAGGACCACUUUGUAUUGACGAAAGAUGGUUAUAUUCUUACAUUAAAUCGAAUCCCAGGUCCACCGAAUGCCUCCGUAGUACUUUUGCAUCAUGGUUUUCCGGCUACUUCUUUCGAUUGGAUAGUUCUUGGCAAAAAUAGAGCAUUAGCAUUUUUGCUGGCUGAUCAAGGCUAUGAUGUUUGGCUUGGUAAUUCAAGAGGUGGACUUUAUUCAGCAUGUCAUGUUAAAUAUACUACAUCUGAAUAUAGUUUUUGGAAUUUUAGUUUCCAUGAAAUAGCCGUGUACGAUUUACCUGCCGAAAUAAAUUACAUAGAAAAAAUCAGAGACCACGUUGACAUGUAUUACAUCGGCCACUCUAUGGGAGCAACUAUAUCAUAUAUCAUGGUUAUAGAGAGACCUGAAUUAACAUCAAAAUUUAAAAUAUUGAUAGGCUUAGCACCAGUAGGCUUUCUAGGACACGCGAAAGGAAUUCUUCCAUUUUUUGCUCCUUUUGCAACUCUAGUUGAACCAAUAAUUAAUUAUUCAUUAGCAGGAGAAAUAUUCCAGCAAACUAAACUAAAAGAUAUCAUGCAGAAGUUCUGUAUUCUAUCUCAGUUGACUGAACAACUUUGUCUUUUCUUUCGUUUUACCGUUUUUGGCAUCGAUUUUUCACAGAUUGAUUAUGAAAUCGUCCCACUUAAUGUACAUCAUGGCUUCGUACCAUCGGCUUUUAAGAUCGCAGUUCAUUAUGCCCAGCUGAUAGUUUCUGGAAAAUUCAGGCAAUACGAUUAUGGAUUUUUAGGAAACCUAAAGUCCUAUCACAGUUUUACGCCUCCAGAUUAUGAGUUAUCAAGAAUACAAACACCCGUCGGUCUUAUUUGGGCAGAAAAUGAUCUUUUGGCUACCUCUGAGGAUGUUAUACAUUUGUACAGUAAAAUACCAACGGUAAUGUUAUAUCAUAAAAUAAACUAUUCAAGAUUCAAUCAUUUGGAUUUUGUACACGCAAAAAACGCUUCGGAAUUAGUUUAUACAAAAGUAAUUUCGGUCCUCAAAAAUAUUGAAAAUCAUUUAUAA